UGAGUAGGUAUGGGGAUACUUUUGAGCAAGGAAAAAGCGAGAGAGAGAGGGUGAGUUAGUAAAUGCAGUUUUCAGUCGAGUGUCAUGGAAUCACAGCAAAGUACACUGGUAGCAGGGAUAAAGAAAACCUUGAACUAACCAAUGAAUUAAGGAGAAUAGACACUACGGAGAGAAAAGAGAAGAGAGUCUGGUCUUUCAUCCUCUUAUCUGGGCAUCAGACGGAGGAGAGGAGAGGAAUCCAGAGAGAUGGGGAACGGAUGAUAACAGGGUGCUCAUUCCUGUUUAACACCAUACAGCUAGGAACAGACUGCAACUGCAACAUACGGCCGGCGUCGUCAUUGGGACUGCUGCGUUACAUUGGGAUUGUGUAAAUGUGCCAGUGUGUGUGUAUCUAUGAGCUGAUAAUAGCAACCCUAUUGGUAUUCUGAGGAGGGAGCUCCAGGAUCUCUCUCUGCUCCUACCCAGGAUCGCAUCACAGAGACGGGAUUGUGCUCGCCUGUGGAGAGGCCACUGGAAUGGGUGGCGAGCAGGCAGCCAGCAGACCGUUCUCCAUGAGGAGCAGUAGAAGAUGCCGGCUCUGCCAGCGCUGCUGCUGUCGAUACACUUCUCCUCCUUCCUGCUAGUUACCAUGGCACCACGCUCCGGAAGCCAGGCCGCCCUGCUCUCUUCCGUCCGGAUGGCUGCGAUCCUGGAUGACCAGUCAGUGUGUGGGCGUGGGGAGCGGCUGGCUCUGGCCCUGGCCAGGGAGAACAUCAACAGUGUGAUGGAGGGAGGGGCCAGAGCCCGUGUGGAGGUGGACAUAUUCGAACUGCAGAGGGACUCCCAGUACGAGACCACUGACACCAUGUGCCAGAUUCUACCUAAAGGAGUGGUGUCUGUGAUAGGCCCUGCCAACAGCCCUGCUUCUGGCUCUACUGUCAGUCAUAUAUGUGGAGAGAAGGAGAUUCCUCAUGUAAAGAUCGGUCCAGAGGAGACUCCCAGGUUGCCCUACCUGCGUUUUGCCUCAGUUAGUCUGUACCCUAGCAACGAGGACCUGAGCUUGGCCGUGGCAGCCAUCCUGCGAUCCUUCAGCUACCCCUCAGCCAGCCUGGUCUGCUCCAAGGCCGAGUGCCUUCUGCGAUUGGAGGAGCUAGUGCGGCGCUUCCUGAUCUCCAGGGAGACGCUGUCAAUCAGGAUGCUGGAUGACAGCCUGGAUCCCACCCCUCUGCUGAAGGAGAUACGAGACGACAAGGUGGCCACCAUCAUCAUCGACGCCAACGCCUCCAUCUCCUACCUCAUCCUCAAAAAGGCGUCAGAGUUGGGGAUGACAUCAGCGUUUUACAAGUACAUCCUCACCACCAUGGACUUCCCCCUGCUGAGGCUGGAUGACAUAGUCGAUGACCAGUCCAACAUCAUAGGGUUCUCCAUGUUCAACACCACCCAUCCGUUCUACCUGGAGUUCAUCAGGAGUCUCAACCUGUCCUGGAGGGAGGGCUGUGAUCUCAUCUACCCCGGGCCUGCGUUGUCGUCAGCGUUGAUGUUUGACGCGGUGCACGUUGUGGUGGGGGCGGUGAGGGAGCUCAACAGGAGUCAGGAGAUUGGAGUCAAACCUCUCAGCUGCACCUCUCCUCAGAUCUGGCAACACGGCACCAGCCUCAUGAACUACCUACGCAUGGUGGAGUAUGAUGGUCUGACAGGCCAUGUGGAGUUCAACAGUAAAGGACAGAGGACCAACUACACCCUGAGGAUUCUGGAGAAACACCGCAGGGGUCACAGAGAGAUUGGUAUCUGGUACUCCAAUAACACACUGGCUAUGAACGCCACCAGUCUGGACAUCAACGUUUCGGAGACACUGGCCAACAAGACCCUCAUCGUCACCACCAUAUUGGAGAGCCCCUAUGUGAUGCGUAAGGGGAACUACCAGGAGUACCAGGGGAAUGACCAGUACGAGGGCUUCUGUGUGGACAUGUUGAGAGAGCUGGCAGACAUCUUGAAGUGCUCCUUCAGAAUUAAACUGGUUGAUGAUGGGCUGUAUGGAGCGCCUGAACCCAACGGGUCCUGGACCGGCAUGGUGGGAGAGCUCAUCAACAGGAAAGCAGACUUGGCAGUAGCAGGCUUUACCAUCACGUCUGAGAGAGAGAAAGUCAUAGACUUCUCCAAGCCCUUCAUGACGCUAGGAAUCAGCAUCUUGUACAGAGUCCACCUGGGGAGGAAACCGGGGUAUUUCUCCUUCCUGGACCCCUUCUCUCCGGCUGUUUGGCUCUUCAUGCUGCUCGCCUACCUGGCUGUCAGCUGUGUGCUCUUCCUGGCUGCAAGGUUAAGUCCCUAUGAGUGGUACAACCCCCACCCAUGUCUACAGGGGCACAAGGACAUGCUGGAGAACCAGUACACCCUAGGGAACAGCCUGUGGUUCCCUGUAGGAGGCUUCAUGCAGCAGGGCUCUGAGAUCAUGCCACGUGCCCUGUCCACACGCUGCGUCUCAGGGGUCUGGUGGAUGUUUACGCUGAUCAUCAUCUCCUCCUACACGGCCAACCUGGCAGCCUUCCUGACCGUUCAGAGGAUGGAGGUGCCCAUCGAGUCUCCUGACGACCUGGCCGACCAGACCAACAUCGAGUAUGGCACUAUCCAUGGGGGGAGCACCAUGACUUUCUUCAUGAACUCGCGCUACCAGACAUACCAGCGCAUGUGGAACUACAUGCACUCCAAGCAGCCCAGUGUGUUUGUGAAGAGCACGGAGGAGGGCAUCGCCCGCGUGGUCAACUCUAAAUAUGCCUUCCUCCUGGAGAGCACCAUGAAUGAGUACUACCGCAAACUCAACUGUAACCUCACCCAGAUAGGUGGUCUGCUGGACACCAAGGGCUACGGCAUCGGCAUGCCACUGGGCUCUCCGUUCAGAGAGGAGAUCACUAUGGCCAUCCUGCACCUGCAGGAGAACAACAGGCUGGAGAUCCUGAAGAGGAGGUGGUGGGAGGGAGGACAGUGCCCUAAAGAAGAGGACCACAGAGCCAAGGGUCUUGGCAUGGAGAACAUCGGGGGUAUCUUCGUGGUGUUGAUCUGUGGCCUCAUCAUUGCUGUGUUCGUGGCCAUCAUGGAGUUUGUGUGGUCGACGCGCUGCUCUUCAGAGACAGACGAGGUACGCCCUCACUCCUGCCCUCGCCGACACCACAGACCCACCCCAGUGUCUGUCUGUCAGGAGAUGCUCACCGAGUUCCGAAACGCCGUCUCCUGUAAGAAGAGUUCCCGUUCCCGUCGUCGCCGCCCCCUGGGCAACUCCGCGGCCCUCCGCCACCCCACCCGCAUCGCCCUGGGGGCCCAGCGGCCACUCCGCCUCGUACGGGAGAUGCGCCUCAGCAACGGCAAGCUCUACAGUGGCUCGGGACCCCUGACUGGGGGAGCAGGGGGGCCAGGAGGGGGUGUAGGGGCUGGGGGAGGUCCCUCAGACAUGGGCCCUGGGCCUCAGCGACUCCUGGAGGACCCACUGGGGGCCAACACCACCCCUCCUCACCCGCCCCAGCCGCAGGCCCCCGUGGCGCUCCCUCGCAGCUGCACGCACGUCAGGAUCUGCCAGGAGUGCAGGAGGAUCCAGAGCCUGAGGUCAGGGAUGGGGUCCACAAGGAUCCCCCCCUCAUCUGCACCCCUGCCGCGCCUGCCCCCUCCUCCUCCACCCUCCUCCUCCAACACAGACAGCGAGGGGGGAGGGGGGUCCAGCCCCCGGCGGCUCCCCCACAGCACCCCUGCACCCUGCCUACCCAUACCACCCCCACAGAGCAGCACCGACACAGACCUUCUGGGGAAGUAGGACUAAGACUGACGAACUAGGAGGGGCUGGAGGGUAUAUGGGGGCAAGUUAACGGUGACUUUACUGAUGUUUUGAGCUGCUCAGUGACACACUAUUCUCUGACCCUCUGUACAUUGGCCUCCAGGAGGGAAUUAAAGGGAGAGAAGGAGGGAGAAAGAGAGGGAGAGAGAGAGAGAAUCAGAGGGCUCAAAGACGUUGUGAGAUGUGUGAUGAAGCAAUGGAAAGGAUAUAUUUGCACAGAUACCAAAAGACACACCCAUACAAAAGGAGAAAGAAGGAGAGACUUUCUUUGCUCUCCAGCACGCUGCCCAGCUGGUUCUGAUGUUAGCCCAAUCUGUUCAGAGAACCAUGCUCUGCUGUGUUCUGGCUUUGUGAUUUACUUGAAGAUGGCUGCUCGGUUCUUAUCUUGACUUACCAGUGGACCAAUCAGGACUGAGCUACACUGGAUAAAGCAGUCAGGUAACGCACAUCAUUUGAUGCCAGACCUACUGGUUUCUCUGUCGGUCUCUCCCUGUUCUCCCUACUCUCUCUCUCCAUCUCUCUCUCUCUUUCCAUUUCCAUGGUACCACAGACUCAUCUAGAGCGGCCAGCUCUUCCUCUCUGGACGGUGACCACUGGAGGAGGAGCCCACGUCAAUCCUGGAGGACCUUUAAUCUAUGUAACAUACAACAACAGAAGACUUUAAAACUGACUAGAAUUAUAUGAUUUUCCAGAUUUCUUUGUUGUUGUCUUUGUCGUUUGGUUACCAUUGUUCUAAGUGGAAGUUACAGCAAAAUAAAGACUAUAUAUGUGACUAAUGUGGUGGAUCACGACACACUAUGAAGAAAAGACUCCCCUGAGGUUCACUGUGUGGAUGAGGUGUUUUGUCCAUCCGUGGACCCCAUAGCUGCUUUUGAAACGACAUUGAAGAAAGCAGAUUUGGCUGGAAAUGAGUUGUAACAAAGUCAGAUAUGCAUAAUAUAAUUGCUGUGGGUGUGUGUGUGAGUGUGUGCGCGCGCAGAGGUCCGUCCUUACAGCAAGUGAGAGGAACAAAUGAUCAUACCAAGUAUACGAUAAUCAGAGGCUUUGCGAUGUGAAAUGACUUGUUAUCCUGGAGAAUACUUGCCAAGCCUUUUCUCCUCUUUACCUCUGUUCAUAGCACAGAGAGAGAGGAAGAUGAGAGAGGAUGACGAGAGAGAAAAAGGAGAGAGCGAUGGAGAGAGGAAGAGGAGAGAGAUGAAGAGGAUUGAGAGAAAGAGAAAAAAUAGGAAUGCAACAGAGGAACAGAGAGAUAAAAGGAGGACUGUAUUAGAAUGACAAAUCCCUAAUUGAACUACUUCCAUAAUGAGAUUUUUCCUGAUCUGGUAAUUCUGGGCAGCAUCUUGCUGGGGGCUUGGCCGUGCUGCCGGGAGGCUGGGACUAAAGCUUCCCUGCUCUACAUCCCGUUGAACUGGCUGUCUGCAGCACAGACGCCUGCCAGAGCUCCACACAGAGCUCCACACCACCCUGAGCCCUCUCAUUACAGCCUGUGGAGCUUUAGAUCUGGUAAUUAUUCCCCUUUAAUAACUAAUAGCCACACAAUGACUACGGAGGAGACUGAGGUCAUGGUUUAAUGUUAUAAAAGUAUGAUGGGGAAUACUGUUACAGGGUUCAAGCCUUUCUGAGGCUUUCUGCUGCCUCUCUCACACAUACACCACAGAUCAUCACACUGACAAAUAUAACCAUGCAACCUAAGAAAUACAUAAUUAUUUCUGUGUUCUUCUCUUGGACCCACAGUGCAGCAGUGAGCCAGAGACACACAUCUGCAUAGGUCACCACUCUAGUCUCAACUCAAUGCUGUGAAACCAUUGGAUGGCUUUCUUCCAAUACACUUAAUUGGCGUCCUUUCCUCAUCUCCUUUCCUUCACAACAAUUGAUCUUACAGGGAUAGACAGGUGAAAGCACUGGUGCAUCUCUAACCGGUCGGUCCUUUCACCUAUCAGUGGUGAAGAAGGAAAGGAGAUAAGAAAAGGAAGACCUUUGAGUAUUGGGAUGUAUGACAGUGUCAGAGGGAGGGAAGGAGGGGUAGCCAAAGGGAAUCAGAGGGGUGUCUGUGAGGGGAGAGAGUUUACUCAACAAAACAAACAAAUCAUUUUUGUUAACUUUUCAGUUCUGUUAUUUUUUCAUAUUUCUAUACUAGUGCUAAAUGGAUUAUUAAAAGAAUGACGUUGAAUAUUAUGAUUACAUUUGUAUUAUUAUUAUUCCUAUUGAAGUACGGAUCUAUAGGAGGAGGAUGCUGUUUUGGGGAAAUGGGUGGGCAGGGGUGGGUUAAUAGAGGUCAGGGGUGAUGGGUACGUCCUCUCCAUAGCAACCACCUGAUGUUAAAUCCUAUAGACACACAAACUCGUUUGGAAUAAAAAAAUAUUCUAUCUGUCCAAGCUGGCAUGAUGUAUCGUCUGUUCCUGCAGUGUUGAAGUGUGUGUCUGUGCAUACGUGCAUGUGUACGUGGGAACUUGUGUGUUUGUCUGUGUGUGUGCCCGUGUGUGUCUGACAAUUUGUCUUUUAUUGUAUGUUUCUCAGUUUCAGGCUGAGCACCUAAGUAUUUUGUGGUAUCCAUCUUAGCUGGGUCGUUCCACUGAUAGUGUCUUUUCACUUAAUUUUAACAUUCUGUCAAAAAGAACACAUGUUCAACUUCAUAACAAACAUGUUUUAUCUCCAGAGGUUAAAAGAAGAAAAAUGACCAUAAAAGUUGACAAUUAAAGUAACAGGGUUGAAUGUAACAGGGUUGAUGAUUUCAUCUUAAACCAGCCAAGCUUGCUGUGUGCAACAGGGAGGUGCAACUGAAUGUAAGCUUAACAAAAAAAUGUGAACUUGUUUUGAAAUGUGUAUUUAUGUACUUACAAUAUGAUGAGAGUUUAAAAGUAGAAUGAAAAUAGCAUGUGCAGGAGUGGUAAGAAGAAAAAAACUGAGAGACUUGUAGGCACCUCCCCCUUUCAAACGUUUAUAAAAGAUAACCAUACAAAAAAGUAGCUAAAAUGUUUAAGACAGAUUAGUGCUAAAAUGUUGUUUAUUAAACAACUAAUUGCCCGA